AUGAAAUAAAAUUGUAAACAUAUGAUGACAAAUUUAAGAAUGCACAAACAUUACUUAAUGUUUUCUGUAGUGCAGGUAUUGCUCUCAAUUAUGAUAUUAGUGUAUGUAUGAACUUUUUACAUUUAGAUAAUAAUUGAUCCAGAAUAAAAGUAAGCUAUUUAAUAAAUAAUUAAGUCUUAAGGAGAAUAUGGUAAUAGAAGUAGAGAUAAUAUUGACAUUAGCAAUAAUGAUAGAUAUAUGUAUAAGAAUAAUUGCAGAAAGAGAAGUAAUCUUAAAAUUUUAUAUAUAAUCUUAGUAUUUCUUUAAGGAUAAUUGGAAUAUAAUUGAUUUAAUAGCAUUCCUCUUGAUAUUAAUAUUAAUAAGUCUUUAUUACGUGUUUGAAUUGCAUUCGUAAUUAUUUGUAUUAUAAUUGUAUAUAGAUAAAUAAAAACAAACAUUAUUGAAGUUGAUGAUUCAAUUGGUUUAAUUUUAAUAUUUUUACGUUACUUCAUACAAAUAACUAGAAUUAUCAUUGCAAUUAAGCAGUAUUUAUAAUAUAAAUCUUAUUUCAGAUCUCAUAAAGUAACACAAAUGGGUAAUGUCGAUAUCAUUAAAUUUGAACCUAUUGAUUUAGAUAACUCUAAACAUCAAGCAAGUGUUUACAUUGAUGAUCAUAAUGAAUCAUAUUCAUUUAUUUGAUUAUUCUAUUUUUAUAAAUUAUAUGUAAAUUUAUAACCCCUCCAUCUCAAUCUCUGUAUUUAGACCAUAACCUACUGAUUAUUAUCAUAGAAUACAAUCUGCAAAAAUAGAGAAUACUAUUAAUAGCAAUAGAACCAUUCCAUAAUAAACUAUUUCAUCUAAUCGUAGUAAUCCAUUGUAAAAUAAGUAAAAGACUUUCCUAAUGGAUUAAAUAGAGAAUAAUAUUCAGGAUUACUUAUUUUCUUUAUGAUUGGGAGCAGACAAAAAUCUAGCAGAAAAAUUAUUUUAUGUAUUUGAUGAAGAUUCUAGUGGUACUGUUGAUUAUAAAGAACUAAAAGUAGGUUUAGAAGUUUUGAAAGAUGAUACAAUUGAUGAAAAAUUAAAAAGUAAUUUAUAAUUAACUUAAAUAGAAUAGUCUUUUUUGAUUUAUGUGAUGAAGAUGGAUCAGGUAAAUUAAGUGAAAAAGAAAUCUUUAAUAUUUUGAAGUAAAAUAUCAUAAAUGAAAAUGAUAAAUAUUAACUUAAAAUUGUCAUUAAAGAAAUGAUCAAAUAAGUUGAUUUAGAUGGAGAUGGUGAAUUAAAUAAAGAAGAAAUUCUAUAGGCAGCAACCAAAAUUCUAUUCUAUGUAGAUUACUUGGAUAAACCAUAUCUAAUGUAAGAAGAAUUGAUGCCAUUAUAUAAAAUGAUUUAGAAGAACCAUUUCAUUAAUUUGUACCUUCUUCUACUAAUUUCAUAUAAUAAAAAGAAGGCAUACAUUUUGCUACUCAAUAAAAAUUAAUUGAUUCAUUAGAAGAUAUGGAUAAAGUAAUAAAUCUUUUAUUAAUUUCUAGAUUCAUGAAAAGGGUAAGAAUACACAAAAUCUGA